UGUCUGUGGUCCUGGUGUGUGUGUGCUGCUGUUCCUCCUCUUGGUUGCCAUGGCAGUGAAGUGGUUUGCAAUCGAUCUGGCUCUUCUCUUCCGACGUGCUCGAAGGAUUGAAGACGGUAAGGUGUAUGACGCUUAUGUGGUGUAUCCACGAGAGUGUGUGUGUGAGAACGCUCUCUCAGUGUUUCUCAGCUUCACUCUGCCUGCGGUUCUGGAAGAUCAGUGUGGAUACAAACUCUUCAUCCACGGCAGAGACGACCUACCUGGGGAAGACCAGGCAGAGCAGGUGGAACGGUGCAUGCGCCUCAGCCGGCGACUGCUGGUUGUCAUGACAGCAGUGGGGUCGUGUGGGGGUCAGGGGGUGGCCCCGCCCCUGGAGGAAUUUGAUUGGCAGAUGGGGGUUCACAGUGCUCUGGUACAGGAAACCAUCAGUGUCAUCGUGGUGCAGGUGGAGGAUGGGCACACACACACACA